ACUCUGUGUUCUUACUCCGUGCCAAGAUCUCAUGGCAUAUGCAUUUCUCUGCCAUGGUUGUCUUUCUCACCUGUCAUUCAGAUGUGCUUUUAUGAGACAUGGAUACAAGCCAGAGUCAAUCCUGGAAGAGCCUUUCCAAAGUCAAAUCUCUUGGUCAGCUUUUUAGAUAACUUUAACCCAGAUUUAUUUAUCUAAAGAGGGAUCUGUCCCCUCACACACACGUACGCAAACAGAAAACUGUCGGUAUGGGCUUUCAAACUUAUUUGGCCCAAGUGCACUACCCACAUUGAUUAAAAAUGACUUGAUUUGGUUUUGCUAACUUUGUUCGUUAAUUCAAAUUAGUAUGUACUGCAGGUAGUGCUUGGUUAUAGCUUAUUUAGUGUUUUAAAGGGUUUGUAAACCACAUAGUCUACUGUCAAGCAAAUAAAAAGCGAAAAAAAGUCUGCUUAAGGAAAAUAGUACUGUCCGUAACAAUGGGAGACCCAAAUUCUCGCCGGAAUCAAACAAGAAACCGACUCCGUGCCCAGCUACGGAAGAAACGAGAAUCUUUGGCCGAUCAGUUCGACUUCAAGAUCUACAUUGCCUUUGUAUUUAAGGAAAAGAAAAAGAAGUCUGCACUCUUCGAAGUAGCUGAGGUGGUACCUGUGAUGACCAACAACUAUGAGGAAAAUAUCCUUAAAGGCGUGAAGGAUUCGAGCUACUCCUUAGAGAGUUCUUUAGAGCUUCUCCAGAAAGAUGUGGUGCAGUUACACGCACCUCGUUACCAGUCAAUGCGUAGAGUAAGUGUUGGCACACAGCAUGGUUGACUUUCGACAUUGUCA